AUAAAGUGUGUGUAUCAAUUGGCGCGCCGAGCCAGACUUUCUGAACAGUAGCGGCUGACUCUUGUUACAUGCUUGCCCUUGUGAGGAUAAGUGGCGGCAACUUGUUUCCGUUUCUUUUUUUUCUUGCGCUCGCCUGUUGCCGCACGGCUCGAUCCCGUGCCGGCCUGGGCGGAGUUUCCCCGACGUCUAUUUGAUCUUUUGUACUUGGGCCCAGCUUUUUCCAACUUCAUCUCUUGAACAACCUAUUGUCAGCAUUAUUUCCUCCACUCAUCCUUGGCCGGAUAGGUUGUAUGUUCAGUUCCUUUUCCGGUGUGCCUCGCAAGCGUCCAAACUUGUAGAAUACAAGACUUCCGUCACUACAUCUCUGACGUAGACACGUGUAUACUCACUCGUGACGGCCCACGAGAUACACCCUCAGUUAUUCCCUGUCAUCCUUCAACGGUGGACUGUGACCUCAAUACCAAAACCUUGGCACCGGGGCCCCUGCACAAUGCCGCCGCGGCGCACGGAGGACGAGCUGGUGCUCCAGCACCAUGAUGAGGAUGCCGACACCGAAAGAGGGGAGUAUUCAGACUCAGACGACGAUGCGGACGAGGACACGCCGAUGAUGCUGGGCCAGACCGACGGUGCGGUGGAGGCUGCCGAUGCGCCACUCUCAAAUGCGCCCCCCAAGCCUCCGCCGCUACCUCUUGUCAAGAAACCUGAGAAGCCACCGCCCGUGGCCUGGCGCGAUCUGCCAAAGAAGCAGCAAUUGUUCGUGAUCACGAUGACAAGAUUAAGUGAGCCUCUUGUUCAGACUUCUCUUCAGUCCUACAUGUUCUACCAACUCAAAUGGUUCGACCCAACGCUGCCCGACUCAGUAAUCUCAAGCCAGGCCGGCAUCCUCCACGCCUCCUUCACAGCAGCGCAGUUCAUCACAGCCAUGAUCUGGGGCCGCCUCGCAGACUCGAAGCGCUUCGGCCGCAAGACCGUCCUCAUGAUUGGCCUCCUCGGCACCUGUUUCUCCUGCAUCGGCUUCGGCUUCUCCCAGUCCUUUGCGCAGGCCCUCUUCUUCCGCUGUCUAGGCGGCGCGACAAACGGCAACGUCGGCGUCCUGCGGACAAUGAUUAGCGAAAUCGUCCGCGAAAAGAAGUUCCAGGCCCGCGCCUUCAUCUUGCUGCCCAUGACCUUCAACAUUGGCGUCAUCAUCGGGCCUAUUCUGGGAGGUAUCCUCUCCGAUCCGGCGGGGAGCUACCCUUCCUUGUUUGGUGAUGUUGCUUUCUUCCGGAAGUACCCCUAUGCGACGCCAAACCUGCUCAGCGCAAUCUUCCUCUCCUGUGCUGCCCUCUCCGUCUGGCUCUGCCUCGAAGAGACCCACGACGCCCUCCGCGAAGAGGGCCCGGACCUCGGAUCCCGCGUAGGAUCAAGCAUCGCCUCCCUCGUCCGUCGAAUCGUUUCUCGUCGACGAAGAGGCUUGAACAGCAACGCAGACGCAGCCUACACGCCCCUCCACUCCAGCUCCGCGAGCACAACCGACGUCGACGUCGAACUCUCCCCGGAAUCCGCACCACCACCGAAACAAAAACCCCGGCCCCGGUACCGCCACCGCCUCCCCUUCCGCCGCAUCUUCACCCGCAACGUUCUCAUGACCUUCUCCGCGCACUUCUUCCUCGCCUUCCACGUCGGCACCUUCAACGCCCUCUGGUUCGUCUUCCUCUCGACCCCGACCUCGGCCUCCCCCCCUCACCUCCCCUUCCGCUUCUCCGGCGGGCUCGGCAUGCCCCCGCAGUCCGUCGGCAUGGCCAUGGCCAUCCUCGGCGUCAUCGGCAUCAGCCUCCAGCUGCUCGUGUACCCGCGCCUGUCGGCGCACCUCGGCACCGUGAAGGCGUGGCGCCUGUUUCUGUAUUUCUUUCCCGUGACGUAUUUCUUGGUGCCGUACCUCGCCGUCGUGCCCACCACCGACGCCGCGCCGCCGCCGGGGCCGAAGGGCGGGCCGGCGAUUUGGUUCGCUAUUGUCGGGGUGUUGCUGUUCCAGGUGCUGGGGCGGACGUUUGCGCUGCCGGGGCAGACGAUUUUGAUUAACAACUGUACGCCGCAUCCGUCUGUUCUGGGGACGAUUCACGGGCUGGGGCAGAGUGUUAGUAGUGCGGCGAGAACGAUUGGACCCGUGUUGUGCGGGUGGCUUUAUGGACGGGGGCUCGAGGGCGGAGUGGUGGGUGCUGUGUGGUGGGGGUUGGCUGGUGUUGCGGUGUUGGGGGUGAUGGCGAGUUGGGCUGUUUGGGAGGGAGAUGGGCAUGAGAUUUGGAUUGAUGGAGAUGAGGUUGCUGCUGAGGAGGAGGAGGAAGUGCAUAGGCGGUAA